UGAGUCACAACAACUACCGAAGCAAUUGGAGUGACCACACGUGUAUGCGCAGUGUCAACAUGGGUAAAAGAAGGCAGAAUAAGCAGCUUUUCACAAAUUUAUCCAAAAAACAGAAGAAACACUUGAAGGAAUUUGGAGAGGAGCAUCCAUUCCAUGACGUUGUCGGCGAAGGAGCUGAAAGAACUGAAAUAGUGGAACUGCCUGCGAGUCCAGAGCAGUCUGAUAUCGAGUCUGACGUGCUGGAUGAGGAAGAAGAAGAGGAGGAGGAGGAACCAGAGCAGAAAACAGCCUACCAGAAACUUCUUUCAACUCUCAUCCAACCCACCAGUAACGACCAGAGUGAAGAGGAGAGCACUGAUGAAGACGAGGAGGAAGAAGAGGAGCUUCUUGGUGAAGGACACAGUGAUGGAGUUUGUGAUGACAGUGAGGUCAGUGAUGAUAAUGAAGGGGGAGAGGAAGAAGGUGAGGAUGCAGAUGAGGCUCUGACUGAAGCGGUAGAAGGGGAGGAGAAAGAGGCUGCAGUUGAAGAGUUCGUUGACAAGGAGCAUGAGUCCCAGUUCUGUCUUGAGUCCAACUUCAUGGAUGAAGGCGAACAAGCAGACACUGAGCACGGAGACAUCAAAGACAUGUUUUUACAGCAUCUAGACACAGAACUUGGUGAAGAAGAGGUGCAGAAGAUAACAUCGGGCAGCAAAGUCAAGGCUCAGCUCACGUGGCCAAAACUGGGAACUUUACUCUUGUCCAAACCCCUGGAGAAGUUUGGAUCCAUUGGUUCACACAAAGACACAAACCUUCCUCUUUUCCACAAACUUUUGAAGACUCACUGGAAAGAUCUAAAUCAGAUCUCCAACCCUAAGGGGGCAACUAAGGAUAUAAGUCCAUUGCAGUUAGAGCUGCUGGCUCUUAUGGGUUCCUACAAAGACUUAUACUACCCAGAGGUUUGUCCUCUGAACCAAGGCCCUCAGGUUCGCAGUGCAUACUGCCUCCACAUUCUCAACCACGUGCUAAAGGCCAACUCAAAGGUCCUGGCUGACAAUGCGUGGCUAAGAGAGCAGAAAACACAGGCUAAGGCUGGUGCUGAGCCACAGGAAGAACCCAGAGACCAAGGAUUGACCCGGCCCAAGGUCUUGAUCCUCGUUCCGUUCCGAGGUGGAGCACUUCAAAUCGUCCAGACCUUCAUUAGCCUCCUGGAGACCAAAGGCAAGAAAAUAGUGGUCAGCAAUAAGAAGAGGUUCAAGGAAGAGUUUGGAGAGGGUGCAGAUGACAACCCACCCAAUCUACAAAGACCAGAUGAUUACUACGCCAUCUUCUCGGGCAAUGUGGAUGAUCACUUCAGGAUAGGGGUCUCCAUCGUGAAGGGAAGCAUGCGUCUGUUCUCUCCUUUUUAUUCGUCCGACAUCAUCAUAGCUUCUCCGCUGGGCCUCCGUACAGUGCUGGGAGCAGAAGGAGAAAGUAAGAGGGACUUUGACUUCCUCUCUUCUAUCGAGCUUUUGAUUUUGGACCAGGCAGACGUCUUUCUCAUGCAAAACUGGGAACACAUCUUGCAUGUGAUGAAGCACAUGAACCUGCAGCCGCUGGACUCCCAUGGAGUGGACUUCUCCAGGGUGAGGAUGUGGAACCUGAACAACUGGGCCAGACAUUACCGGCAGACGCUGGUGUUCAGCUCCAUCCAUGACCCACAGAUCAACAGCAUCCUCACCAAGCACUGUACCAACUACCGUGGACAGAUUUCCACAAAGAACAUGCCAAAAACAGGUUCCAUCUGCCAGGUGCUGGUUCAGCUGCCUCACGUGUUUCAGAUGUUCUCCUCUGAUAGCUUCAUGGACCAUGAUGCUCGGUUUCAGUUCUUUUUGGAUAAAGUGUUGCCUCAGUACAGGGACUCAGUGAUGUCCCACACUCUGAUCUACAUCCCGUCUUACUUCGACUACAUCCGGUUGCGCAACUACAUGAAGAAAGAGGAAAUAAACUUUACCAGCAUCUGCGAGUAUUCCACCAAGUCAGAGGUGUCCAGAGCCCGGCACUUCUUCCAAAAAGGGGACAAACAGUUCGUGCUGUUCACUGAACGCUUUCAUUUCUACAAGAGGUACACCAUCAAAGGGAUCCAGAAUCUGAUAUUUUAUGGACUGCCCUCCUUCCCCCACUUCUACAGCGAGGUGUGUAACAUGCUGGCAGCAGACGGUCGGGGAGAAGAGGCCAGUUGGACAUGCACUGCCCUUUACUCCCGCUACGAUGCCCACAAGUUAGCUGCCAUCACUGGAGCACAGCGAGCUGGACAGAUGUUGCACUCCAGCAAGACUGCUCACCUGUUUAUCACAGGAGGGGAAGAUAAAGCCUCCUGAUGGAGCUUGUCAGAUGAAAGAGGGACCACUGAAUGAAACUGUUCUAGAUGUCUACUGUAUAUCACUACGGUAGGAUAGCCCUGGAUUAAGUGUAACAAGAAAGACGCUGACUGCAGGUCUGUGAAAGUGGGUUGCCAUUGCAUCACAGGAUACCUGGUUUGACAUCAUAGUGUGUGUGUGUCACUUGAAACUGUGCAGUAUAUCUUCUACAUUUGGACAAUGUUACUUUCACUCUUAUAUGCACCAGAAAAAAAAACAUGUUUUUUGGCUUUGUUCUGUGUUUUAGAUUGGAGCCAUACAGAAAUAUUAAGUCAUAAAGUCAAGGCCAUCACUGUGAUAAGAUGUUGUAAAACAUCACUCACCGAUUGGAUGUGUGUUUUUCAGAUUGAACAUGCCGCAUAAAUGUUUCAUCAUCUUGAUUAACUUCCAUAUUAUUUGAUAAGAGUUUAUAUUUAUACCAAUAGCUGAAAGUAAAACAGCUAAAAUAUUCAUAAAAUGCUAAAGUAAUUGUCAUUCAGUUUUAUGGUUGUUAGUAUGGUGGCAUAGUUGAUGUAAAAUUGUUUCAAAUAAAUCAAAUAAAUUUUU